GGUCCCGCCCCUCGCCCCGCCCAGUGAUCCUAGACCGGCCCAGCUGACCCUCGUCCCGGGCCCGGCUGCGGGUCGGCGCUGCAGUCCUGCUUGGUUGGGCUGGCGGGAGCGAGGUUAACUCUCCCGCUCUAGGUGGGGCCACAGCAGGCUGGGGUCUGGGAGCCGCGGCGAGGUCUGCGGGCGCCAUGGCGGGAGCUGCGGACGAGCGCGGGCCAGGCCCCGAGGCGGGCGAGCAGGUGCAGCAGCAACACGUCGCGGGCCGGAUCUACCCUGUGCAGCCGCCGGAGCCUCGGUUCCUGUCCAGCUUCUUCAACAACAAUCAGAAGUGCCAGCUCAUGCUCCUAAAGACGCUGGAAAAGAAUCCUUAUGUCAAACUGCUGCUUGAUGCUAUGAAGCACUCAGGUUGUGCUGUUAACAAAGACAGACACUUUUCUUGUGAAGAUUGUCAAGGAAACGUCAGUGGAGGCUUUGAUGCAUCAACGUCUCAGAUUGUGUUGUGCCAGAACAAUAUCCGCAGCGAGGCCCACAUGAGCAGGGUGGUCACCCAUGAGCUCAUUCAUGCGUUCGAUCACUGUCGCGCUCACGUCCACUGGUUCACCAACGUCAGGCACUUGGCCUGUUCAGAGAUCCGAGCUGCUAACCUGAGUGGAGACUGUUCACUCAUCAAUGAACUGUUCAGGUUACAUUUUGGAUUCAAGCGACACCAUCAGACUUGCGUGCGGGACAGAGCCAUUCUGUCUAUCCUGGCUGUUAGGAAUGUCAGCAAAGAAGUCGCACAGAAAGCCGUCGCGGAAGUGUUUGAAUCUUGCUUCAAUGACCUUGAACCUUUUGGAAGGAUCCCACACAACAAGACCUACGCAAGAUACGCUCAUCGAGACUUUGAGAACCGUGAUCGUUAUUAUUCAAAUAUAUGAAGAUGAGGAUGUUUGUUUGAUAUUAGGUAAAAAACUCUAGUGACCA